UCUGUCACUUUCGUUUUGCGGUGUUUUGUCCGCACCAAACCAUAAUUUACAUUAUUUAUUGAUAUUUAUGAAUUGAUUGUGAUCAAAAAUUAAUAGUGACGCUAUGGAUGGUUCUAAUAAGCGACAACGACCCGAUUAUAAAGCCUAUGUCCUUAGCCGUUCUUACACUACAAAGCGACAAAAAAACGCUUCCACAGACUUCCAUGGCACCAUCGUGAAGACUAAAACAAUAUCUCCAGCAGCAAUAAUUUGUGACUCAGGAGGAUACAGUAUAAAAGUGGGAAGUAGUACAAGAUCUGAACCAGAAAUAGUUCCCAACUGUAUUAUGAAAGCAAAAUCAGAAAGGAAGAGGUUAUUUGUUGGGAAUCAAAUUGAAGAGUGUCGUGACCUUUCAGGGCUUUAUUACCUUUUACCCUGCGAAAAGGGCUUCAUUACCAAAUGGGAUGUGCAAAAACCAAUUUGGGACCAAGUUUUUAACAGUCAUCCGGUCAAUGAUAAACCUCUCAUUAUGACCCAACCUAUAUUUAAUUUCAAAUCAAUCCAGGAAUGUAUGGACGAAAUAUUCUUUGAGGAAUAUGAAGUUAAAUCCAUGCUGAGGACAUGCCCUAGUGAUUUAGCUAGAUAUCAAUAUGUUUAUGAGAGAGGUAGAAAUGUUUCAUGUAUAGUUAUUGACUCAGGGUAUAGCUUCACACACAUUGUUCCUUAUAUUAAAGGAAAAAAAUAUUAUCCUGGUAUUAAGCGAAUAUUUGUAGGGGGAAAGUUAUUAACAAAUUAUUUAAAAGACAUCCUCUCAUAUCGGAAGUUACAUGUGAUGGAAGAAACUUAUGUCAUCAACCAAGUUAAAGAAGAUACAUGCUUUGUCUCCCAAUCAUUAAAAGAUGACAUGAUGACAGCCAAAAGUUCUGGUUCAAAUAGCAUUUUAAGAAACUACAUUUUACCAGAUUUUAAUAAUAUUCGUAGAGGGUAAGAAGUUUUAUUGGAAAAAUAU